UGUACAACUAAAAAUAAUUUCUUCUGGGACCUGUCGGUAAAAGCCAAUCAGGACGUGGCUAAUAUGUGUGUAGUCGUACACACGGAAUCGUGACGUCACACGGUGAACACUCAAGAUGGAAGCUUACAGUGAUUACACUAGCGACGGGUCAGAAGCAAGACGCGAUUCAUUUUCGGAUACAGAUUGCGAUUUGAAUAUGGGAUAUUCCUCGUCGGAUGUCGAACCAGACAAUUCAGAAGGGAUACGACAGUAUCAGUUUGAACCAGAAGUUGGAAGCGACGAAGAUCUCGAGAAUGAUCCGCAACCGGCAACCGAAGACCGCUUGGGGUCGACCGACUGGUGCCAAUGUGAAAACUGUCACGAGAUGCCAACAGCUACAGAAUGCAUCUGCUGCUGAAAUAUUGCAGAUUCAACACAUCAGAGGCGAAAUCCCAGAUUUGAAAUGUAUCACACAACAUCCUGGAUUUGCUCCAGUCUGCCUGAAUGUCUUUGUGCUACGAACAGCAUACCAUGCAUUUAGACAACACCACAAUGGCAACAUACCAGAAAGUCCAGCGUAAGUAGCUAUCACUUCAUGAUCAUCUGUUAUAAACUGUAUCAUGCUCGCAAAUAUUAAUAAAAAUAUAGCACUUGUAUUUCCUUGGCCAUGUUCAUUAGUUGGUUGAUUCCAAAACAUAAGACAUGACACCCCAAACUAUCUUGAAAAACACUUGAGCCCACCACUAGCACCCAAUGAAAAUUAUAUCAUUGAUCUACUGCAGUGAAAUUUUACACUACUUUAGUAUGAAAUAUGUACUAAUUUAGUAAUUUU